GGGGAGCCGAACGGACGCGAACGCAGGCACCAACUGCAAGUAUAACAGGGACUUUAAGCUGCAAACCAUCACCUUCACAUCUUUUUCCAUUCGUUAUUUUUGUCUGAGAGAUGGAGCAAAAAAAGCCCAAAAGGAUUUUGAAAGAUUCCUUGGACAAUCUUUCUGAGCAGAACUUCCAGGAGUUUUGCGCAGCGCUCGUGGACCCCAGUAUGGAGACGCGCGUCCCUCUCGCGAAGGUGCAGGGGAAAAGCCGCCUGGACAUCGCAAAUGAGAUGAUAAGCACUUUCACGGAGCAGGGAGCUCUCAAGGUGGCCGAAAAGAUCCUCAGAUACAUCAAAUGCACCGAGGCUGCGAACAAACUCGCUCAAGAGGCAGGUGCAGGACCAGGAGGACCAGCAAAUCAAAAAACCCCGAAAAAGAUUUUGAAAGACUCCCUGGACGAGCUUUCUGAGGAGAACUUCAAUGAGUUUUGCGACGCGCUCGUGGGCGCUCGCGUCCCUCUCGUGAAGGUGCAGGGGAAAAGCCGCCUGGAGAUCGCAGAAAUGAUGAUAAGCACUUUCAUGGAGCAGGGAGCUCUGGAGGGGGCAGAGAAGAUCCUCAGAGAGAUCAGCUGCCCCCUGGUUGCGGACAAACUCGGUAGAGACAAACUUGACUUAAUCCAGAAUGGGGGCCAAGAUGAUAUGGAUCUGCGCUAGACACGUCAUCCAGUGUGAGAUGUAUGCCAGAAUAAGGCCCAAUCCCAAUACUCCCCCUACUUUCUUUCACUAGCCCUACUUUCUUUCACUACCCCUAAAAAAGAAGGGACAGAUUUUAGGGCACUUGAAAUCUUCCCAGGUCUGUCCCAAUUAGGGUUGCACGGUAUACCGGUACCAGUAUAGUACCGCGGUACUAGAGUUUUGAAAACGGUACUAUACCAGCAUUUAAAAACAAACGGUACUUUUAUAUAUUUUUUCUAUGCAAACGAAUUGGUAAAUUGGAGCCUGUCUCUUUAAGCACGGCGAGCUCAGCGAGUGUGACGUAGUUGCAGAAGCAGAGCCGCCUCCCCCUCCCACUCGCAUGCGGAGGAGAGAGAAACGAGAAGUCGCGUGUUAGACAGACAGAGCGGGUUGAAAUAAAGUUGAAAUAAAUAGAGAUGGCAGCUGCAGAAAAGCCCGUACUUUUGGACAAAAUGGGGGCCCGAAGUACGGUGUGGAAAUAUUUCGGGUUCAAACCGAGCGAUAUGGGCAAGCCAUUGAACCCAGAAACACCGCAGUCCGAGCGGUGCGACAAAGUGAGUCUCGCAAAAGGAGGCAACACUUCAAACUUGUCCAAACAUUUAAAGGACAACCACGCGGACUUCUUCCACGACUUCAGUCAAGAACGACAGCUGAUAACUUUGUUCACCAGUUCACUGCACUGUCAUGUCAAUUAAAGAAGUACAGAGCCUCUCCCAGCCCGUAGUAAACCUACAGUAGCCUAUACAGAGAGUUAAAACAUGUCCAUGGUUAAUAAAUGCAAUUUUUAAAUAUUAAAAAAAAAAAAAUUACAAUCUUAAAAUAUUUAAAUAAAUUCCACAGACUAUAAUAUAACUUUAAUAUAUUUUUUAUAUUUUAAUAUUAUUUAAUGUUUCAUAUAUAUUAUAAACCAUUAAGGCAAUGAAUUAUAUUAAUUAAUAUUAUAUAUUAAAACACACUUUUGUAAAACAUUCCAUUAGCCUACAAUAUCUAAUCCUAUCCUAAAGGACUGUCUCAGAAAAUUAGAAUAGUGUGAUGAAGUUCUUUAUUUUCUGUAAUGUAA